GAAGUGACUGUACUGAGGCUGGUAGUGCCCAGGGGUGGGGUGAUAAUUAUUUCUCUAGUACCUGAAGGACUCUUGUCCCAAAGGCAUGAAUUCCUAGCAUUCCCUGUGACAAGAUGACUGAAAGAUGGGGGCUGGAGAGGGUGCAGGCCCCACCUAGGGCGGAGGCCACAGCAGGGAGAGGGGCAGACAGAGCCAGCAGCCUGGAAGGAAGCAGGAUGGCAGCCGGAACAGCGGUUGGAACCUGGGUGCUGGUCCUCAGUCUGUGGGGGGCAGUAGUAGGUGCUCAAAACAUCACAGCCCGGAUUGGCGAGCCACUGGUGCUGAAGUGUAAGGGGGCCCCGAAGAAACCACCCCAGCGGCUGAAAUGGAAACUGAACACAGACCGGACAGAAGCUUGGAAGGUCCUGUCUCCCCAGGGAGGAGGCCCCUGGGAUAGUGUGGCUCGUGUCCUUCCCAACGGCUCCCUCUUCCUUCCCGCUGUCGGGAUCCAGGAUGAGGGGAUUUUCCGGUGCCAGGCAAUGAACAGGAAUGGAAAGGAGACCAAGUCCAACUACCGAGUCCGUGUCUACCAGAUUCCUGGGAAGCCAGAAAUUGUAGAUUCUGCCUCUGAACUCAUGGCUGGUGUUCCCAAUAAGGUAGUGGAAGAAAGCAGAAGUAGAAAACGGUCCUGUGAACAGGAGGUGGGGACAUGUGUGUCAGAGGGAAGCUACCCUGCAGGGACUCUUAGCUGGCACUUGGAUGGGAAGCCCCUGGUGCCUAAUGAGAAGGGAGUAUCUGUGAAGGAACAGACCAGGAGACACCCUGAGACAGGGCUCUUCACACUGCAGUCGGAGCUAAUGGUGACCCCAGCCCGGGGAGGAGAUUCCCGUCCCACCUUCUCCUGUAGCUUCAGCCCAGGCCUUCCCCGACACCGGGCCUUGCACACAGCCCCCAUCCAGCCCCGUGUCUGGGAGCCUGUGCCGCUGGAGGAGGUCCAAUUGGUGGUGGAGCCAGAAGGUGGAGCAGUAGCUCCUGGUGGAAGCGUAACCCUGACCUGUGAAGUCCCUGCCCAGUCCUCUCCUCAAAUCCACUGGAUGAAGGAUGGUGUGCCCUUGCCCCUUCCCCCCAGCCCUGUGCUGAUCCUCCCUGAGACAGGGCCUCAGGACCAGGGAACCUACAGCUGUGUGGCCACCCAUCCCAGCCACGGGCCCCAGGAAAGCCGUGCUGUCAGCAUCAGCAUCAUCGAACCAGGCGAGGAGGGGCCAACUGCAGGCUCUGUGGGAGGAUCAGGGCUGGGAACUCUAGCCCUGGCCCUGGGGAUCCUGGGAGGCCUAGGGACAGCCGCCCUGCUCAUUGGGGUCAUCUUGUGGCAAAGGCGGCGACGCCAAGGAGAGGAGAGGAAGGCCCCAGAAAACCAGGAGGAAGAGGAGGAGCAUGCAGAACUGAAUCAGUCGGAGGAACCUGAGGCAGGCGAGAGUAGUACUGGAGGGCCUUGAGGGGCCCACAGACAGAUCCCAUCCAUCAGCUCCCUUUUUUUUUCCCUUGAACUGUUCUGGCCUCAGACCAACUCUCUCCUGUAUAAUCUCUCUCCUGUAUAACCCCACCUUGCCAAGCUUUCUUCUACAACCAGAACCCCCCCACAAUGAUGAUUAAAUACCUGACACAUCUUG